CAACAUAACAUUCAAUUGCAAUAGAUAGCUGGGUUUCUUGAUCUGUUAAUUAUAAGAGAAGAUGGCUACCACCCUUUCAACUCCUACAGCGCCUUCUCAUGCUCGUUCUGCCAGUUUGCCCUCCGCAUCUCAUCCUCUUACUCUUGCCGUCGAGGAACAGUUGCACAGAUUAAGGGCUUCCGAAGCCCUAUCCUCCUCCUGCUCAUCAUCAUCAUCACUCUGCAACAACUUGAGUGCUCUCCAUGACUUGUUCGAGUGUGUAGACAAUCUGCUUCAGUUGCCACUCACCCAACAAGCUCUCUCCCACCCCAAAUGGGCAGACGAGGUGUUGGACGGAUCUCUCAGGUUAUUGGACAUCUGUGGCACCACUAGGGAUGUUUUGUCACAGCUCAAAGAAUCUCUGCAACAACUUGAAUCAUCUCUCCGGAGGAAACGAGGCGGAGAAUCUGGUUUGGCAACCCAAGUUGGUGCUUACAUGACAUUCAGGAAGAAGAUUAAUAAAACUAUCCACAAAUGUCUAGCAGAUUUGAAGAAGAUGGAGAAGCACGCCUCCUCUGCUCUCUUCAUCAGCAAAGAUCUUGACCUUGUGGCCAUUGUUAACGUACUGCAGGAAGUGGAAGCGAUCACUGUCUCGGUGUUCCAGUCCAUAUUGUCGUUUGUAUCAGGACCAAAGGCACAAUCAAAGACCAGUGGUUGGCCUUUGGUUUCAAAAUUGAUGCAACCAAAGCGCAUAGAAUGCGAAAGGGAAGAAGAGAAUGGCUGCAGUGAGAUGGAGAAAUUGGAUGGUGCUUUGUAUGCUCUGAUCAACUGCCAAAAGUCACGUAUGGGCAGCGGACUGCAGAACUCACAGAAUCAAUUGGCUGAAGUUGAGAUGAAUAUCCAGGGACUUGAGGAUGGUUUAGAUUGCGUCUUCAGGCGUUUGAUCAAAACCAGAGUCUCAUUCCUAAACAUUCUCAAUCACCAUUAAAUAUAUAUGUCCAUUGGAAACUCCUUUGAGUUUUGUACGUCUAUACAUUUUUGUAGAAUGUUCAAGUAUAUGCAUA